UAUACGUAACUCAUACAAAUUAAUUGAAGGAAAAUUGGGAAAACGAAAUGCAAUGAGCAAAGUGAAUAUAAUUGAUCAUAUUUCGCUGUAACUUUAAACGGUAUGCAUUGCCAGUGUAAAUAUGUAAAACGCAACGCGUGUGCAGUGCAAGGCGAUACAUAGCAAAGCAAACAAUACCCAGCAGCAGCAGCAAGCAGGCAGAGGCAGAGCAGCAGCAGAAAGCAGAGGCCGAUCUGACGUGAAAGAAAAACGACGCAUGCAGAUGAAAAAUGCCGCAGCCGUGUUGAUAAAUUAGCGAAAAGUGUUUAAUUGCAAAAGUAAGCGGCAUAAAUGAUAGGGAAACAUUGAACAAGAGGAAUCAUCAGAAGAAGACGAACAACAAAGCCAAACAAACGCGUUGUAUUUACAACUAAAGAACAAGACAAGAAUUAAAGCGAGCAGGAGAACAAGAGAGUGCUGGUGGUAAGGGAGGCAUAACAUGAAUAACAGAGAUGCCAUCGGCACGUCCUGGUAGUCUCAAAGAUCCGGAAAUAGCCGAUCUAUUCAACAAACAUGAUCCGGAGAAAAUCUUUGAGGAUUUGCGUGAAAUUGGCCAUGGCUCCUUUGGGGCCGUCUACUAUGCUCGCUGCAAUCUCAACAAGGAGAUUGUGGCCAUCAAGAAGAUGUCCUACACCGGCAAGCAGAGCCAAGAGAAAUGGCAGGACAUCCUCAAGGAGAUACGGUUCUUGCGUCAAUUGAAUCAUCCGAAUACGAUUGAAUACAAGGGUUGCUAUCUCCGAGAAUCUACAGCCUGGCUGGUGAUGGAAUACUGUGUGGGUUCCGCCUCCGACAUCAUUGAGGUACACAAGAAGCCAUUGCACGAGGAUGAGAUCGCUGCCAUUUGCCUGGGCGUGCUCAGUGGAUUGAGUUAUCUGCACUCCCUUGGGCGCAUUCAUCGCGACAUCAAAGCGGGCAACAUAUUGUUGACGGACAACGGUGUCGUGAAACUGGCGGAUUUUGGUAGUGCAGCCAUCAAAUGCCCAGCAAAUAGUUUCGUCGGCACACCAUAUUGGAUGGCGCCAGAGGUGAUACUGGCCAUGGAUGAGGGUCAAUACGAUGGCAAAGUGGAUGUCUGGUCGCUGGGCAUUACGUGCAUUGAGUUGGCCGAACGCAAGCCUCCAUACUUCAAUAUGAAUGCCAUGUCCGCACUUUAUCACAUUGCCCAGAACGAAUCGCCCACGUUGCCCAAAAACGACUGGUCGGAUACGUUCUACAAUUUUGUGGACCUCUGCCUAAAGAAGACGCCAGCGGAGCGACCCUCAUCGGCCAAACUGUUGCAGCAUGCGUAUGUGACGCGUCCGCGAUCGGAGACGGUGCUGCUCGAGCUGAUUGCACGCACCAAAUCGGCGGUGCGUGAGCUGGACAACCUCAACUAUCGCAAAAUGAAGAAGAUACUCAUGGUGGACACAUGCGAAACGGAGAGCGCUGUCGGCGACACCGAUGAUCAGCAGGACGACCAUGCCGGAGGCGACAGCAGCAAGAGCAAUAGUAUUACUUCCGAACACUCCAUACACUCCGUGGGUGUAUCGGCGGCCAGUAGUCAGAGCUCCUCGUCGAAUUCCAUACCGGCUGCAGCGCAAAAUCACCACCAUAUCGGAGCGCAUCACCAUCAGGCUGCCGCUGUGGCCGCCGCCAUGCAUCAUCAGCGCGAGCUGCAGCAGCAACAGCAUCAGCAUCUGGGCAACUGGUCCAAUGCCCAGCAGCAGUCGCAGUCUGUUGUGGCCGGUGGAGGAGGCGGCGGCGCCGUUUCGCGCAACUCGUCGCGACAUCGCAAUCUGCCGCCGUUGCCCAACAUCAUGCACAGCAUGAACAACAAUGUGACGCCUACGAAUUCGGCAUCUGUGGUGCCGGCGCCAGCUCCAGCGCCGUCCUCCAUGUCCGUGAUGCCGCCCCAUUUGGGCGUCGCCCUCGGCCAUGGCACCGUGGGAGGCGGUAGCAGCAGCGGCGGUUCGCCGGCAGGCGGAGAUCAUCGCUUGCCGGGAUUGGGACCGCGCUAUCUAUCAACGCCAGCCGCACAGGCGGCGGUGUAUGCGGCCACAUCGGCAUCCUCGCAGGCGGCCAUCUCCAAUGCGGUCAACGAUCAUGGACCCAACAAUUUUGCCACCAUACGGACCACCAGCAUUGUGACCAAGCAGCAGAAGGAGCACAUGCAGGAGGAGAUGCACGAACAAAUGUCGGGAUACAAGCGGAUGCGACGUGAGCAUCAGGCGACGCUCCUGAAGCUCGAGGAGAAGUGCAAGGUGGAGAUGGAAACGCACAAAUCGGCGCUGGACAAGGAGUAUGAUAAUCUAUUGCAUAAUUUCACCAGAGAACUGGAUCGUCUCGGGGCCAAGCAUCAGCAGGACUUGGAGCGACGCUCGAAGCAGACGACAACGGCCGAGAAGAAACUACAUAAAGAGAUUACGUUGAAGCAGGAGGGAGAUCGCAAGGCGUACGAUUUGAAUCGCAAAAAGGAAUACAAAGCGAACAAGGAGCGCUGGAAACGUGAACUCUCGAUGGACGAGUCGACGCCAAAGCGACAGCGUGAUUUAACCUUGCAAUCGCAAAAGGAUAAUCUAAAGCAGCACGAGGCACAGGAGGAGCAACGCAUGCUGCAGGCCCAAAAGCAAUACAUUGAGCUCGAGAUGCGCAAAUUCAAGCGAAGACGCAUGAUUCUGUUGCACGAUCUGGAGAAUCAGCUUUUGCGCGAUGAGCUGAGCAAGAAACAACAUCAGCUGGAACAGGCGCAUGGCAUGCUGUUGAAACACCACGAAAAGACACAGGAGCUGGAGUAUCGCCAACAGAAGAGCGUGCAUCAGUUGCGCGAGGAACAGAUAAACAAGCAACACGACACGGAGUUGCACAAUCAAAAAGACUAUAUGGAUCGCAUCAAGAAGGAGCUGGUGCGCAAGCAUGCGCUCGAGCUAAGACAACAGCCCAAGAGCCUUAAGCAAAAGGAGCUGCAGAUACGUAAACAGUUUCGCGAGACGUGCAAAACGCAAACGAAACAAUAUAAACGCUACAAGGCGCAAGUGCUGCAAACGACACCCAAAGAACAGCAGAAGGAGGUUAUCAAGCAGCUUAAGGAGGAGAAGCAUCGCAAGCUCACGCUGCUGGGUGAACAGUAUGAACAAAGCAUUUCCGACAUGCUCCAAAGUCAAAGUUAUAAACUGGACGAGAGUCAAGUGAUCGAGUGCCAACGUACCAAUGAGCAAUUGGAAUACGAACUGGAUAUGCUCACAGCCUAUCAGAACAAGAACAAGAAGCAGGCGCAGGAGCAGCGCGAUCGUGAGCGUCGCGAGCUCGAGAAUCGUGUUAGCGUGCGGCGUGGCCUCUUGGAGAAUAAGAUGGAUGGCGAACUGCAGCAAUUCAAUCUGGAACGUGCCGAGCGAUUGCGUAUGAAACACGAGAAGCAUUCGAAAGAAUUGGAAGCUUUUGAUAAUGAAUCAAUAGCCUUAGGUUUCAGCACUUUAUCACUAACUGAGGUAUCACGCGAGACCUAUCCGGAUGAGGAGGGUAGUCUGUCUGGUUCCAUGAUUAGUUUAGCCCAUAGCAAUAGUUCAACAAGUUUUCCGGCUGGUUCGCUAUAGCAUAGACAACAACAACAGCAACCGCAACCAUAUAGUAAUAUGAACUAUUAUAAUUUUAAUGGAAAUUUUAAAGCAAACACUACAUCAACAACAACAAAUGCAACUGCAACAGCAACAACAACAACAACAUCAACAACAAAUAAAGCCCGACAUAAGCAACUAUAACAAGAAUUAAUAAUAGCAAUAAUAAUACUAAAUAAUACAUACAUAAUGACAUCAUAUUCAAUCUAAAAAAGCUAUGCGACUUUUGCAGCAGCAUUCAGCAGGACAACAAAAGAAAUUUAUAUAAAUCAUUGCAACACAAGUAUUUUCUAAUCGUUAAAAAUAACAACAAGAUCAACCACAACAAUGACGCUGCAAUAAUUUUGUAUUGAACUAAAAGACGAAAUCAAUUCAACCAACCACACAUAACAAAUUUAACACAAUUUAAUACAAAACAAAUAUUACAACAAACAAAACAAAAAAGAUGAAUACAUCAUUUAAAUGUAAGCCUUUAUUGUCAUACAUAAACGAAAAACAAAACAAAUCGCAAUAAUAUAACAACAACAAACAUACAGGCAGCAACAAAAUUAUCGAGAGACAAACACACAAAAAUGAUAAGAAAAUGUUUAAGUUUUUAUUUAGAAAUUUUGAUAUUACCAUAACAAUUAAAUUAAUUUCUUUGUUAUUAUCGCGAAUUGCAAAAAUGUUUGAAAUGUGUGUUGUUUUUAUCUUUUGUUGCUCGCAAUUCCUAACAACAACAACAACAAAUAUAACAAGCACGAAAAGAGAAGGCAUGAAAAUCUCCAACGGGAGCAGCAGGAUAUACACGAAUUCGUGUAUUCCCUAAAGGAUCGACCCGACUGUAAUCGCAGCGAAGAAAAUGAUAAAAUAAAUAAAAAAAGAGAAUGAAAGAAACUCCUCCAUUCCGACGAGGCAACAAGAGGAGGAGAAAAGGGGAAGGAUAAAGGAUAAUUGCUUAGCGCCAUUUUUGCAUGUUGUUGAAUUCAAAUUUUGCAAUUUUCAAUUUUUUAUGUUACGUUUUCGUUCGUUCAGACUUGCUAUACAUAACAAAAAAAAAAAAAAGAAAAAAAACACAAUUAAGUAAACAAAAAACUGAGAAAUAAAAGAAAAGAUAAAUAACUAAAAGUAAGCCUAUUAUAGACUUAAUUAAUGCAAAUUGCAAAAUGCUUAGUCAAAAACAAUAAAAAUUGUAUAGAGAAUUAAAUGCAUAUAAAUGUUUAAUUAAUUACAAUUUAUGUUUAUGUGAGAAGUUCUUUUUUUUUUGUUGUCGUAUACAUAAUACAAAUAAAAAAUAAAAAUACAAAAUAAUUAUACACACACACAACACUUACACUUACACUUACACAUACACACACACAAUCCCCCGGAUCUUAAGAUAUAAAAUUUAACAUUUGUAGCAAUAAAAUUUUUAGUAAACAAAAAAUGAUAACAAAUGAUAAAAAGCGAAAAACAAAACAAACAAAAAAAGAAAAGAAAACAAUUUUUCCGUUAGCAAUUAAUGAAUAAUUUUAUCUAUCAAUCGAUAAAGACGUGAGCGAAUGGUUUAGAUAUGUAUGAGAAAGAAAAAAAAACAAAAGAAACAAACAUAAAGAAAAUAAAACUGACAUUGGGGUGGCACUAAUAUGAUAUAAUAUAUGAGAAUAUGAUAAUUAUGAGAA